AUGCGGGGUGGUAUGGGCCGCGGGCGCUGGCGGCGGAUGAUGGUGAGCACGGGAGCUGCGCGGCGGAAGGGGGCGGCAAGCGGUGUACGGUCGCGACCGCGCCCCGCGCACGUUACAGUCCGGGAGAAGGUUUACACCGGUGUCCCCCCAGCUCUCCGGAGUGGUGUGUAUCGGAGCGUUUUUUUCCUAGACAAGGCGCUUUGUCUGAAACCACAAAGGCCAUCGCCAUCGCUACACGUAAAGCACUUGCGUGUCGGUUGUACCGACAACCAACUCGUGUUGAAAAGCGAUGGUUGGCUUAAAGUUACACCAGCAGAGGGCGUUCUAUCCGGUUAA